CCGGCGAGGACGCACACGGCCGGCGACCGCGACGGCGACGGCGCGGGCUCCUGGCUUCUGGCUCCUGGCGAGGAGAAACUCAGACAUGACCAGGAAGAUCUUCACGAACACCAGGGAGCGGUGGAGGCAGCACAACGUCAACAGUGCCUUUGCCAAGCUGAGGGAGCUCAUCCCCACUCACCCUCCAGACAAAAAGCUGAGCAAGAAUGAAACGCUUCGCCUGGCAAUGAGGUAUAUCAACUUCUUGGUCAAGAUCUUGGGGGAGCAAAGCCUGCAGCAAACGGGCGUGGCUGCUCAGGGAAACAUUCUGGGGCUCUUCCCCCAAGGACCUCACCUGCCAGGCCUGGAGAGUGCCACAGUACUCAAUGACUACCGGGUCUCUUCACCAGGCCCAAGCCACCACCUUCCGUAGUAUGGCUCUGGCAGUCCUCCCCCCGGACAGCACUUGUU